AUGGCCAUCCUCAAUGAACCCAUGACUUACCUCGCCUUCGGCGUCGUGCGCUUCUUCCAGUUCGUCCUCGCGCUCACCGUCUGCGGUCUCUAUGGUGUCGACAUCACAUCUGCGCGGAAGGCGCAUCACUCUACUGAUGGCCGAUGGGCAUACGCUAUCGUCGUCGGCACCUUCUCCGCCAUCACGGCGCUGAUCUACUUGAUCCCCGUUACGAUGAAGAAAAUGUCGAUACUGUUCGUGUGGGACACGCUGCUGCUGUUCUUCUGGAUUGUGCUGUUCGGCAUCUUCGGCAAGCUGUUCAUCAAGGAAGAUGCGGAGGGCAACAAGGAUAUCCAGCGCAUGAAGAACGCUGUCUGGGUUGAUCUGGUCAACAUGCUUCUCUGGCUUGUCUCGUCGGUCGCUGUUGGCAUCUACUGGUUCAAGCACAGGCACAACAGGUCGCAGUUCACUGGAAGGGCAGUGGUCUAA